AUGGCGACCAUGAGAGCAGUCGACAUCAAAGAAGGCAAAGGCGGCAUCUCUAACCUCUACAUCAACGACCAAACGCCCAAACCCACGCCAACCGCCGCCCAAGCCCUCAUCAAAGUCAAAGCCUUUGGUCUCAACCGCAUGGACCUGCUGCAGCGAGAAGGCAUGUACCCCGUCCCGCCUCAAGCGCCUAAGACUCUUGGUGUGGAGUUCAGCGGCACGAUUGAAGAGCUUGCCGGUGAGAGCGAGCAGGGUUUCAAGAAGGGGGAUAAGGUGUUUGGGCUGGCGUACGGGGGUGCGUAUGCGGAGUAUAUUGCUGUGAGCACACAUAUGCUGGUGCAUAAGCCGGAGGAGCUGAGUUGGGAGGAGUGUGCUGGGAUUCCUGAGACAUGGAUCACAGCAUUGCAGGCCAUGUACCUGAUUGGAGAGUUUGCGCCUGGCAAGAGCAUCCUAUGGCAUGCCGGCGCGAGCUCGGUCUCGAUUGCAGGCCAGCAGCUUAGUGUGGCCAACGGUGCUUCGGCGACUUUUGCCACGACGAGGUCGGAUGAGAAGUGCAAGUUCUGCGUCGACGAGCUUGGUGCGAAAGCGGCGUAUAACACCAAGACCCAGAAAUGGGAAGAGGAGGUGUCCAAGGCCACCGAUGGCAAAGGCGUGGACAUCAUUGUCGAUUACAUCGGUGCAGACACAUUCGCCGCCAACCUCAACGCCGCCGCACGCGAUGGCCGGAUAGUCAACCUUGCGGCAUUGUCAGGCGCAAAGUUAAAGCCUGAGCAAGCGCAGAAAGUGGACCUGAGCAACUUCGUCCGAAAGAGGAUCCGCUUCGAAGGCAGCAGCUUGCGGAGUCGCGAUGAGAUGUACCAGGGUCGACUAAGGGACCAGCUAGUCGACCAUGCUUUGCCGAAGUUUAAGGACGGGUCGUUCAAGGUGUUUGUCGAGAAGGUGUUCAAGUGGGAGGACAUCCAGGAGGCCCAUCGGCUGAUGGAGUCGAAUCAGACGAAGGGGAAGCUGAUUUGUGUGAUUGAGUAG